AUGGAAAACAGUGCAAAGCAUUUCAUUUUCUCAAAUAUCUCAAUAAAUCGCCUUUUUCUCACAGCAAAAUUUCUCUCAGUUCCAGAAGUAACUGUGGAGGAAAAGACAAAACUAACUGAAAAGGCAACAAUAUUAUGGAGGUAUGAUGGGACAGGUCGUAUAAUUUCUGAAGAUAAUGGAAAAGCAUUAGCGGUAAAAGAUUUACUGGAACCUAAUGUUGAAGUGGCUCCAAGUUGGCACUAUGAUGAUAAUACUUCAGUAAUUUCAUGUGUAGGGUAUAUUGGUGCAUUGACUGUAGCGCAAGCAUUGACUAAAGCGCGAAAUGAAAAUGUCCCACCUUUUGCAUUGACUGUAGUGAAAGAUGAAAAUGACCAACAUUAUCUUAGAUUGGAAUCUUACGAUAACAAUGAUCCUAAAGCAACUCAGAGGUUUACAGUGAUAGUAGCCCCUUCGUCUAAUAUAUAG